GGAGGGGAGAAACAGCUGAUCUGACAGGUUGUGAGAAAUUGUGAAAUAUAUUUUUCUAUUUAUCGCCAAGUGUGGCUUUAGAAUCUUCCCACGUGUGUGAAUUUACCCCCUGAGAUGGACGAAGACACGAAGCAGAUGAUUGACGAUUGCUUCCUGCGGCCGGUGGUGAAUGCGAGUGCUUCGAAUGCCGGCGUGAAGCCUCCGCCGCCCAAGGCGCCAGUGAAGGUUGAGCUGCAGGUGUUGCGGAUGAGUGAGAACUCGCAGGAGUUGGUGAUGGAGACGCUGCGCAAGAUUCACGGUCCGGACUUUGAGUUGGGCAACGAGAGCGCGUAUCGCGACAAGGGCAGCAAGCUGAAGAAGACGUACUGGGAGGAGAGAGGCAACCUGGUCAUUCAGGGCAUCUGUGACUACUCCAAUGUGCCAAAGACGGGCUCUUCCGCCGAGGACAUGAUGAGAUUCUACGCCAUCCGGAAGAUUGAGAGUUACGGCUUCCACAAGAAUCACUGCCAAGAGGCGCUGGAGCACACGAAAUGGGAGAUUGAUUCUGCUCUAAAACUUCUCUACGACAAGUACUUUCCUCCGCCCAUUUCUGAGAAUCUCGCCGGCAAUUCCGCCUCGCCAAAUGAAUUGCUUGAGAUGCGCGAGGACGAGAAAUCUGCCCUGGAAUCGAUCUACGAGAGGAACUUUGAGGAAAAGGAGAAGAACAGAAUAUGGCAAUUGCGACUGAAGAUCGAACACUUGAUGAUCUACAGUCCGUCUGAGAAGCGGAAACUCGAUCAGGAGCUGGAGAGGAGCAAGAGUGAGGUGAAAGUGAAGAAGAGUGCGGAAAAGUGUCGGAAUUUCGCUCGAGGAAAGUGCAAAUAUGGGGAAAAAUGUCGGUUUUCGCACGAAGUGGAGAAACCUGCGGACAAACCGAUGGACAAGCACUUGGAGGAGCAGGAAAAAUGGUUCUAUCUCGAGGUGAGAUUCCCAGAAGAUUGUCAAUAUCCUUAUGAAGCGCCUCUUGUGCUGCUCAAGACGACAUAUCCUGACUUUCCUGUCAUCCUGUGCCUUCGUCUGAUGCGAAUGCUCGCCUUGGAGGCGAGGAAGAUCGCUGAGGACAUGAUGCCCAGCUUCUACACACUCUCAGAGAUGCUGCAAGCGAAGGAUCAAGUGGAGGAAUUCCUGAGGAACAACUUGACGAGCUUCCCAGAUCCCAAACUGUCGAUAUUCCAUGUGCCUGACAAGGUGGAAAAUGGUGUGGAGGAGAGGAAGAAUCUUCCCACGCACUAUGAGAAAGGCUCCACGGGGAAGUCGAACAAGGACAUAGUUUCCCGUGAGGAAUUGCGCAGGGAAAAUGCACGUCUGGUGCGGAAAUAUGAGGAGAAGCAGUCGAAUCCAGCGUAUCAGAGCAUGAUGAAGAUUCGGGAGUCGCUGCCGGUGUGGGACAAGCGGAAAGACAUCCUGAAGCUGCUGGAGAAGAGUCAAGUGGUGGUGAUUAGCGGUGAGACGGGAUGCGGCAAGAGUACGCAAGUGCCUCAAUUGAUUCUGGACGAGUGGCUCUCGACGGCGGCAAAGGAUGGCAAGAGAGUGUCUCAUGUGGAGAUCAUCUGCACACAGCCCAGGAGAUUGUCGGCAAUUGGAGUGGCUCAGCGUGUGGCUGAUGAAAGAGUGGAGAGAAUUGGGAACACAGUUGGAUAUCAAAUUCGCCUGGAGAAUAAGAUCUCUUCAGCCACGCGUCUGACAUUUUGCACCACAGGAAUCCUUCUGAGACGCCUGCAAUCUGACCCAGUCCUGGCCAAUGUCUCUCACGUGAUUGUCGAUGAGGUGCACGAGAGGAGCGAAGAGUCAGACUUUCUGCUGCUCAUCCUGAAGGAAUUGCUGGAGAGACGCUCAGAUUUGAGGGUGAUUCUCAUGUCAGCCACACUGAAUGCCAAGAUCUUCUCGGAAUACUUUAGCGGAGCGCCUGUUUUGGACAUUCCAGGCAGAACUUUUCCCGUGGAACAGCUCUUCCUGGAGGACAUUGUGGAGCAGUGCAAUUAUGUGUUGGAAGCGGAUUCACAGCACUGUCGCAAGCUGAGGAAGUCCGAUGAGCAGGAUCUCAUGAGUGAACUUGAGUAUGCCGAUGUGAUUGCCUCCAAUGCUGAUCCUCCGCGGUCAAUAAGGGAUGAGAAUCUCCGCCUGGCGGACUUCUAUUCGCGCUAUCGCGAUUACUCCAAGAGGACGUGCAAUACGAUGUUUCUCAUGGAUGUGCUGAAGGUGAAUCCGGAGCUGAUUGAGUCUGUGCUGGUGCACAUCGUGAAGGGUGAUCACAGUUGGCCGCGCGAGGGCACAAUUCUCAUCUUCUUGCCGGGCUUGGCGGAGAUUCAGGCGGUCUUCAACUACCUGAGCGAUCACGCGCUCUUCAGCCCACGAGCGGGCAAUUGCGUCCUGGUGCCCCUCCACUCGACGCUCACGAAUGAGGAGCAAUCGAUGGUGUUCCAGCGACUGAAGCCGCCGCGCCGGAAGAUCGUGCUGAGCACAAAUAUCGCAGAGACUUCCGUGACCAUCGACGAUUGCGUGUUUGUGAUCGAUUGUGGACACAUGAAGGAGAAGCGCUUCGACUCGAACAGGAACAUGGAAUCCCUGGAGCUGGUCUGGGUGUCGCGGGCGAAUGCGCUGCAGCGGAAGGGACGCGCUGGGCGAGUGAUGAGCGGCGUGGCGAUUCAUCUCUUCACGCAGCAUCGCUACAGGAAUCACAUGCUGAGUCAACCUGUGCCGGAGAUUCAUCGUGUGCCGCUGGAGCAGCUUCUGCUGCGCAUCAAGACGCUGCCCAAUUUCGCCAGUCGCACAGUUGAGGGAGUGAUUAAGGCGACCAUUGAACCGCCCACGGAGGAGGGCAUCUUGUCGGCCAUCAAGCGUCUUCAGGACGUUGGAGCGCUGGACGCUGAGCAGAAUCUAACGGCUCUGGGACAUCACUUGGCCACUCUUCCGGUGGAUGUGCGAAUAGGCAAGUUGAUGCUCUUCGGCGCGAUCUUCCAGUGUGUGGACAGUGUUCUGACCAUAGCGGCCUGUCUCAGUCACAAAUCCCCCUUCGUGGCGCCGUUCAGCAAGAAGGCCGAAGCCGACAGCCGGAAGCGUGAGCUUGCCGUGCUGAACAGUGAUCAUCUGACGGUGUUGCGCGCUUAUCAGCGCUGGCGAGAGGCGAACAAGCGCAGCAAAUACUCUGGCAGAUGCUUCGCCGAGGAGAACUUCCUCUCCACGUCCACACUGGAGAUGCUGGUGGAGAUUAAGCAGCAGUUUCUCGAGCUUCUCGUCUCCAUUGGCUUCAUUCCCAUCCAUCUGUCGGGCAGUCGCGGGCGGAAGUUGCAGGACAACGUGCUGGAGUUGACAGGCGCGGAGAUGAAUGCCAAUGGGGACAAUUUUCGUCUGCUCACGGGAAUUCUCUGCGCCGCUCUGUAUCCCAAUGUCAUCAAGGUGUUGACGCCGGAGAAGAACUUCAUCAUGAGCAUGGGCGGCGCUGUGCCCAGAGUCGCUCAGCCGUCGGAGUUGCGCUUCAAGACACGCGAUGACGGCUAUGUGGCCAUUCAUCCGUCCUCUGUCAAUUCCGUCGUGGGACACUUCAGCUUCCCCUUCCUGGUGUUCCAGGAGAAGGUCAAGACCUCGAGGAUCUUCGUGCGGGAGAGCACAAUGGUGCCUCUCCUGCCGCUGGUGCUCUUCUCGGGCUCCGACGUGACCAUUGAGCUCCACGGCGGGGAUUUCAUUAUCCUGCUGGAGGACGGAUGGAUUAUGCUUCAGGCGGCGAAUUUGGCUGUGGCGGAAAUGGUGAAGUGCCUGAGGAAGGAACUUGUGCAGCUGCUGGAGCAGAAAAUCCGCGAUCCGUGCCUCAAUUUGCUGCACCACGAGAAUGGCAGCAGACUCAUCGGCACGAUUGUCCAUCUCCUGACCAAGGAAUAGUGAAUUGAUCAGCGUAAUA